CAGCCUAGUCCCGUAAACAGGGGUCGCUGGUGACACUUCUACUUCCGGGUCACGCUUGAAAGCGGCUGUCGGGAACCACCUAGGCCCGGGUCCGAUGCCUUAUCAUGAACAUGGAUGUGCUGUCCCGUAGCCUUUUUGCCUGUCUUCGCUGCCAUACCCUUAGCAGAAGCCAGUGUUUGUGAAACACCUGCACUCUGGAGUUCUCUGCUGGCCAGACCCCGGCCUUCCCGCUGCUUCCAGCUCCCAGGGAGGGGAAAGGGGCGCAUGAGUGAGCUGCAGUUACCUGAGGGGAGCCGAGCGCAGAGACUGCAGAGAUCCACAGGGAAGGAGUGUAUUCUGGCGCCGGCAGCCUUGUCUUGUUUGGAAACCACACAGCUCCUCAGGGGUCCUCGUGUGGACUGGGUCAGAGUUGAGCAGGGUCCUGUCAGCUCCUGUCAUCCGCUCUGCGUCCAGAUCUGAAAUCUCCAGGUCUGGGGAAGGCCUCCCAAGGGCGGAGGCGCUCAGCGGUGUCCCUGUGUGCCCCUGCGACCUCUUUGUUCAGGUGCUGUGGAGCAUGUGAACACUCGGGGCCCAGUGAGUCCAGUAUGUGGUACAUCAUGCAGAGCAUUCAGAGCAAGUACUCCCUCUCGGAGCGCCUGAUCCGGACCAUCGCCGCCAUCCGUUCCUUCCCGCAUGAUAACGUGGAGGAUCUGAUCAGGGGGGGAGCCGAUGUGAACUGCAGCCACGGCACGCUGAGGCCCCUGCACUGUGCCUGUAUGGUGUCAGACGCUGACUGUGCAGAGCUGCUCCUGGAGAAAGGGGCUGAGGUGAAUGCCCUGGAUGGCUACCACCGAACAGCCUUGCACUACGCGGCCGAGAAGGAUGAGGCUUGUGUGGAAGUGCUGUUGGAGUAUGGUGCAGACCCCAAUGCUCUGGACGGCAACAGAGACACCCCGCUCCACUGGGCGGCCUUCAAGAACAGUGCUGAGUGCGUCCGGGCCCUCCUGGAGAGCGGGGCCUCUGUGAACGCCCUGGACUACAACAACGACACUCCACUCAGCUGGGCGGCCAUGAAGGGGAAUCUGGAGAGCGUCAGCAUCCUGCUGGAUUAUGGCGCAGAGGUGAGAGUCAUCAACCUCAAGGGUCAGACACCCAUCUCCCGCCUCGUGGCUCUGCUCGUCAGGGGGCUUGGAACAGAGAAAGAGGACGCUUGCUUUGAGUUGCUCCACAGGGCUGUCGGGCACUUUGAACUGAGGAAGAAUGGUGCCAUGCCGCGAGAGGUGGCCAGAGACCAGCAGCUGUGUGAAAAGCUGACCAUUCUGUGCUCAGCCCCGGGAACUCUAAAGACACUCUCUCGCUACGCCGUGCGCCGUAGCCUGGGACUCCAGUACCUGCCGGAGGCGGUGAAGGGCCUUCCGCUGCCGGCUUCUUUGAAGGAGUACCUGCUGCUUCUAGAAUAGCCGGGAGCAUCCCAGGCAGCUGCAGAACAGCACUUGUUUCUGUUGUGCCGUUUAUAGAUUUCGAGGCAAGGCGUCACAACAGUAACUACCACCUCCCCUACCCAAAGCAAGCAACCAAACAAAAAAACUCUCACUUGUUUUCCGUUUAUUGCUUACUUGGCUUCUUACAGUGCCCCCUGCAAAACAAGAGGGAAACACCCCCCCCCAACCCCCAUUCUCCCCAGCUAAAUCUCUGGGAAGAGGGAGAGUGUGAAGAGUGUGUGGGUUCCUUUGGGGGCAUGAUUUAAUACUGCAGAGCCCUUUCAGAAAGCUCUUUAUGGAUCUGGGCAGAAGUUUCAGAAAAGCACAAUUCCAGCCCAAAGCAGUUGCACCUCCAGGAUGAAGAUGUGCAGAUGCAGAGCGGUGCUUUGUCAAGGGGCGCUCAGAGGGGACGGGCCUUCCCCUCAUCUUUGCUGUGGGUGUGCCUAGGGCUCAUGGGAGUUCAGCUGUGUUACUUCAGAAAGAUGAUCUCGCUGCUUGCCACGUAACAGGUAGCAGGGUCUGUGGAGUCCUAAGAAUCCCUGCAGUGCUGAGAACUUUCCCUUGAGUGCUUCUAGUGCCUUCGCUCCCUGGCAGCCACUGUGCACGCGUGGCCACGGCGUUUCCAUGUGCUCGUGGCAGCAGAGGGGUUGGGUGACCUGGACCCCUCCCUCUUGGUCACCUUCUUUCCCUGUGGAAAACUCACUCUGCUGAGAGCUGGUGUUCUUUGUCUUGUUUGGGAAUUCUGACCUGGGUGAGAGUUGCAGAGAAUGAGAAAAGAGCAUAGAGAGCGUUGAGAUGGCCCGCCUACCCAAACACCGGUUUGGGUGAACACAUAGCCACUGACACUGCUCCUUUUCAUGUUCCUAAAGGGGAUCCAAUCAUCACUGAUCUUAGAUGCUUGUAUGCAAAUUUGAAGAAACUUUUUUUUUUAAAACCAAUUGAAUGGGAUCUGCUGACACAGCUAAUUUGGAAUAGUGUGGUCUGUUUGUCCUUUGCCGUUGAUGUUUUUUGCCCAUUUAAAAAGAGAAGAAAUAAAUAGUUCUAAAGGCAA